CUGCUGCCGAAUAGCUUGUGGAUGGAAUGGGGAGAGGAUGGCUUCAGAAAACUACAUAAACUAGAAACUAGUUAAGAUAUUUAUUAAACUACAUCUUCAUCAAGGAUGUCAAGUUAUGGAACGCGAGCGGAACGAAUGAAAAUGACACGUCGUUGACUUUUAGGAACGUUUCUGCUUUUUUGGAAGUUCUGGGUCUAUUUGGAACAACUCCACUAGACUGAAUUCUAUCCUAUUUAAAAAAGGAUUGGCCGAUCUAGGCUUAAACCAGCGAAAGGAAGCCCUCUGUUCAUUCUGUUGACAGAACGGACGACUCUCACUUCCUAGGUCACGUUUGCCAAGCUGCAUUAUCAGGAACAAGAAGAACAAAAACAUUGACGUUCAACAACAAUACAGCAAUGAACGACUCGGAGGACUUUGGAAACUACAGCUAUGAAGAUUACAUGGAGUAUGGGGACUUGGAAGACAUAAAAGGGGACUAUGCUCAAACGGAACCUACACACAUUAUCUCUGUGGUCAUAUAUAGUAUUUGCUUUGCCCUGGGUCUGAUCGGAAAUGGAAUUGUCAUUUGGGUGACAGCAUUUAAAAGCAAGCGGACAGUGAACAGCAUCUGGUUGCUUAACCUCGCUGUAGCCGAUUUUGUGUUUGUGCUGUUUUUACCCUUCUCCAUAGACUACGUGCUUCGAGACUUCCACUGGUCGUUUGGCCUGGCUAUGUGUAAGAUCAACUCCUUUGUGUCUGUGAUGAACAUGUAUGCCAGUGUCCUCUUCCUCACCGUCCUCAGCGUAGACAGGUAUGUCUCCCUGGUCCACCUGAGCUGGUGCCAGAAAUGGCGCUCGGCGUGGCGGGCCUGCUGGGUGUGCGGGGGGGUGUGGGCCGCAGCCGCCGUCCUCAGCCUCCCCACCCUCGUCUUCCGCGACACCUUCCAGUUACACAACAAGGUGGUGUGCUUCAACAACUUCCACCUCCACGAUGGGCGCACGGCGGCUAUGCGGCACAUCACCAUGGUGGCUGUCCGUACCACGGUGGGGUUCCUGCUUCCCUUUACUGCCAUCACCGUGACCGGCAUUCUCCUGGCAAUCAAAGUGAAUCAGUCUGAAGAUUCUGUCCGCCUGUCUAGUUUCUCCAAAACAGUGUCUGCAGUCAUUCUAGCUUUCUUUCUGUGUUGGGUGCCCUUCCAUGCCUUCAGUUUAAUGGAGAUUGCCAUGCAUUCGUCGUACUACUUGCACAAUGUGCUGAAAACAGGUUUCCCCCUUGUGACUAGCUUAGCUUUUUUCAACAGCUGUGUCAACCCUUUUCUCUACAUGCUUGUGGGCAAGAAGGUUCGGCACCUCCUGAAGCGCUCGUGCCUUGACAUCACUAAGAGCUCACUACGAGAACUCAGUCAGUCCAUCUCAGCAACUGAGUCUGUGUCGGUGGCAGGUGAGAACCCACCAGAGGAACCCACGGAAUUAUCUGUCCUGUGAUUGCAGUUCUUCCAUUUUAUGAGUUACCUAGCAUAGGUGUAUUAGCGGAGCUUUGCUUAUUUUCUUUCAGGUGUAAGUGAUUGAUCAUUACAGUAUUCCCAUCCUCAUGUGACUCCAUAUUGGAUUUAUUUUUUAGUGUGAAAGGAUUUUUUCAUUUGGAUAUUUCCAGACAGCCUCAUUAUUCUGAAGACUUUCAACUGAAAAAAUCCCUUUAGUGGAAACCCUGAGUGGCAAAGAUUAUGCUAAAAUAUUACUAGUAGUAUGUGAUACAUUUACGUUGAAAAGAAACAAACCAACCCACAGCACAGCUCCUAUACGAGUUGUUAGAAGCAUAUUUAGUAUUUAGAAAUAUUCGUCCUUGUUGUUUUUUGUAGGAUGAAAUGCUUUUGUAAUGAUACACUACAAUAUAUUUGAAAAAGUAGCUAUUUUAUCCUAGUUUACGCAACCUUUACUUGAAGGGUUCAUGCAAUGUAUCUUUGUGUCAUAUUGUUAAGUAUUGUUUAGUUACUUAUUUGUUGAUUCUAAUAUAUUUGAAGCAAAACAAUGUCAAUAAAUCUACUGUUUAAUAUUA